UCCGCAAUACAGAAAAUAUUUCGGAGACAGGAACGAUGUUUCUCCGCGAUUGCGCUAAACUGUAUGCAGGGCCUUUCGUCAUACGAAGCCGUCAAGGUCCCACAGGCAGGAACAUGAGCAUUCCAACAUCUUAGGCACCUUAACCAGAAAACUUCUACCUUAUACUUCCGACUACGUCGUCAACAGCUAUAAAAACUGACAGUCUCCGCGAACAGCCAACAGCAUAUGUGGCACAACUGAUCGAUUUAAAACCGCAUACGCCUCGCGCCAGAGCGAAACUUACAAUGACCGAUAGGACAAGUGGAACACCAAAGCCCAGCAGCAGCGUAAAGCUGGUUCUCCUGGGCGAAGCUGCAGUUGGGAAGUCGUCCCUCGUCCUCCGGUUCGUAAACAAUGACUUCCAAGAAAACAAGGAGCCAACCAUCGGCGCCGCUUUCUUAACUCAAAAAUGCAACCUCCCUAGCCGUACUAUCAAAUUCGAGAUCUGGGAUACGGCAGGACAAGAACGAUUCGCCUCCCUCGCACCGAUGUACUACCGCAACGCACAAUCCGCGCUCGUCGUCUAUGAUCUCACCAAGCCAACUUCCCUCAUCAAAGCCAAGCACUGGGUGGCAGAGCUCCAACGGCAGGCGUCGCCGGGGAUUGUCAUCGCCCUCGUUGGCAACAAGCUGGACUUAACAAACGAAGCUGGCGAGGAGAGCCGCAACGACGACGGCGAGGAGGAGGACGACAACGAAGGCGAUUCGAGGAAGAUAAGCACAGCAGAGGCUAGGAGUUAUGCUGAUGAGGAGGGCCUGCUCUUCUUUGAGACUAGUGCGAAGUUGGGCACGAAUGUCACGGAGGUUUUCACGGCUAUUGCAAACGCGAUUCCGGAGACGAGCUUGAAGGGUGCUAGAGGGCCGGGUGCAUCGGCGGCUGCGGCACGGACGGAGGAGUCGAGGGUGAAUUUGGCAGGACCGAGGGAUGGAGCGACGAAAGAUGCUUGUGCGUGUUGAUCAGUCUUUUAUGGUUUGCGUACUUGUUGCGAUGUCAAGAUAGGGCACAGUUUGUUCCUCGAUGGACGCAAUGCUACGGUAAUGUGGGGUGGAUCUCAACAGCGCCGAUGUUUGAAGGACGGGUUGGUGGACAAGACCAUUGUUCAUAUACAUAUGUUUUCAGCGAA